UGCACGUUUCCAAAGAGUGGUUCAGUUGUGAAACAGCAAGCGUUGCGUCCGAUCCGCGACACCCAGCCGGAAUAUAACCCGACAGCGCCCAUCUGACCUCUCUCUGCAGUCACGGAGGAGGCGGCUGUCAAGUGUCUUGCACGGUGUCCAAGAUGAGGAUCGCGGUAAUUGGUCAGAGCCUGUUUGGACAGGAAGUUUACAAGGAACUAAGGAAGGAAGGCCACACUGUCGUUGGUGUGUUCACAAUACCAGACAAGGAUGGAAAAGCUGACCCAUUAGGCCUGGAGGCCGAGAAGGACGGCGUGGCGGUGUUCAAGUUCCCGCGCUGGCGCCUGAAGGGCCAGGCCAUCCCCGAGGUAUUGAACCAGUACAAGGCGGUGGGCGCCGAGCUGAACGUGCUGCCCUUCUGCUCCCAGUUCAUUCCCAUGGAGGUGAUCGACCAUCCCGCGCACGGUUCCAUCAUCUACCACCCCUCCCUGCUGCCACGACACAGAGGAGCCUCCGCCAUCAACUGGACCCUCAUCCAUGGCGACAAGAAAGGCGGGUUCACUGUGUUCUGGGCAGAUGAUGGACUGGACACUGGACCAAUCCUGUUGCAGAGAGAGUGCGAUGUGCAGCCUGACGACACGGUCAACACCAUCUACAAGCGCUUUCUGUUCCCCGAGGGUGUCAAAGGAACGGUGGACGCAGUGAGAAUGAUCGCAGCGGGUACCGCUCCCAAAAUCAAACAGCCGGAGGAGGGGGCCACCUACGAGUGCAUUCAGAAGAAGGACAACUCAAAGAUUGACUGGAACCAGCCUGCUGAAGCCAUCCAUAACUGGAUCAGAGGCAACGAUAAAGUCCCAGGAGCCUGGGCAGAGGUUGAUGGACAGAAAGUCACUUUUUAUGGAUCAACUCUGGUGGACAAUGGUACCGUAGCUAACGGAAAGCCCCUUGAGAUACCUGGGGCCAGCAAACCUGGCAUGGUCACCAAGGCUGGACUCGUCCUGUUUGGCAACGAUGGCAAGACGCUGCUUGUGAAGAAUCUCCAGUUUGAGGAUGGAAAGAUGAUCAACGCGGCUCAGUACUUCAGUGCGGGCUCCAGUGCUGCCGUGGAGCUGAAUGAGGAGGAGAAGGCCUUCGCUGAGCAGAUGAGGGCGGUGUGGAAGAGCAUCCUCUCUAAUGUGGACCAGAUUGAUGACUCCACCGACUUCUUCAAGUCUGGAGCUGCCUCCAUGGAUGUGGUGAGGCUCGUGGAGGAGGUGAAGCUGAGGGCCAGUGACCUCCAGCUCCAGAACGAGGACGUUUACAUGGCAACUACCUUCCAGGAGUUCAUCCAGAUGUGCGUGAGGAAACUGCGAGGAGAGGAUGGCGAGGAGGAGCUGGUCGUGGACUAUGUGGAGAAGACUGUGAACAACAUGACUAUCAAGAUACCCCAUCAGCUCUUCAUCAAUGGGGAGUUUGUGGAUGCAGAGGGUGGGAAGACCUACAAGAGCAUCAACCCCACAGAUGGACAGGCCAUCUGUGACGUGUCCCUGGCCCAGAUAUCAGAUGUGGAGAGGGCUGUGGCGGCAGCCAAGGAGGCCUUCGAGGAGGGGGAGUGGGGCAAGAUGAACCCCAGAGACAGAGGCAAGCUCAUGUACAAGCUAGCUGACCUGAUGGAGCAGCAUCAGGAGGAGCUGGCCACCAUUGAGUCCAUCGACUCUGGGGCCGUCUACACCCUGGCCCUCAAAACCCACGUGGGCAUGUCUAUUCAGACCUUCAGAUACUUCGCUGGCUGGUGCGACAAGAUCCAGGGUUCCACCAUCCCCAUCAACCAAGCUCGGCCCAACCGUAACCUCACUUUCACCAAGAAAGAGCCCAUCGGUGUGUGUGCCAUCGUAAUCCCCUGGAACUACCCCCUGAUGAUGCUGGCCUGGAAAACGGCAGCCUGCCUCGCGGCUGGCAACACUGUUGUUCUCAAACCUGCACAGGUCACUCCAUUAACAGCCCUCAAGUUUGCAGAACUGACAGCUAGAGUCGGCUUCCCCAAGGGGGUUGUUAACAUCCUCCCAGGAUCAGGUGCUCUGGUGGGUCAGCGAAUGUCCGACCAUCCUGACGUUCGUAAGUUAGGAUUCACUGGAUCCACAGAGAUCGGCAAACAUAUCAUGAAGAGCUGUGCAGUCAGUAAUGUGAAGAAGGUGUCCCUGGAGCUGGGGGGGAAGUCUCCUCUCAUCAUCUUCAGUGACUGUGAUCUGGACAAAGCUGUGCGCAUGGGCAUGAGCUCAGUGUUCUUCAACAAAGGAGAGAACUGCAUCGCGGCCGGCCGCCUCUUUGUGGAGCAGUCCCUCCACGACACAUUUGUGCAGAGAGUGCUGGAGGAGGUGAAGAAGAUAAAGAUCGGAGACCCUCUGGACCGCUCGACUGACCACGGCCCCCAGAACCACAAAGCGCACCUGGACAAGCUGGUGGAGUACGCCCAGGCUGGCGUGAAGGAUGGGGCCCGGCUGGUGUGCGGGGGCAAGCAGUGUGCCCGGCCAGGCUUCUUCUUUGAGCCCACAGUGUUCACUGAUGUGGAGGACCACAUGUUCAUCGCCAAGGAGGAGUCCUUCGGGCCCAUCAUGAUCAUCUCCAAGUUUAAGGAUGGUGAUGUGGAUGGCGUGCUGCAGAGGGCGAACGCCACAGAGUACGGCCUGGCGUCCGGAGUGUUCACACGGGACGUCAGCAAAGCCCUGUACGUGAGCGAGAAGCUCCAGGCUGGCACUGUGUUCGUGAACACCUACAACAAGACGGACGUGGCAGCACCCUUUGGUGGGUUCAAGCAGUCUGGAUUCGGCAAGGACCUGGGUCAAGAGGCUCUGAACGAGUACCUAAAGACUAAAACAGUAACCAUCGAGUACUGAGAACAGAGAGCCCAGGGACACUCACUCCUAUGAAGACAACAACCUGGAACAACCACAGGUGUCUCUACCGUGAAAAUGACCCGCUGAAGACACAAGACAUGUGUACUGUGACAAACAAUAGCUUAAUCAGAGGCAUUGAAGAAAUCAACUGUGAAACCUAGUCAUUGAAGCUAACUCCCUAUUUCCCUACAUAGCAUGAGACUAAUCACCAGUGUCACCAGGCUGAUUCAUACUUUGGAAAGAUCCCAAACCUUAUAUCAAAUUGAUAUAUCCUAUUGAGUGCCCAUGGUUUUUGCUAAAAAAACAUGUUUCUAUGCAAUCAAAUUGCCUGAAUGAAAAAUAAGACUGCAUAUAACAUAAAUAUGGCGCCUUUAUUUUCAGUAUUUCAGUGCUUUUUUAUUGUAAAGUCUGCGGCAAAAUGUGAACACAAAGCCAACAGUUUUAUUUCUCAUGAAAGCAGAAAACUGAUUUUAUUGUUGUAGUUGGUGGCACAGUUAUCAGUACAUUUAAUACAUAGUUUCAAGCAUCUAUCUACACACUAACUGAAAAAUUGGACCUCAAUGUGUUUUUGAAUAAACGCUAUUUUAACACAA